CGUUGAAAGUAUCUCCCUCUUGUUCGGUAGACUGCAAGACUAAAAAAGAUGGGUAUCGACAUCAAGCGCCACCACGUCAAGAAGGGCGCUCGCCAGGCCCCCAAGUCGGAGGACCCCUACCUCCUCCUCCUUGUGAAGCUUUACCGCUUCCUUGCGCGCCGUACCGACUCGCGCUUCAACAAGGUUGUCCUCCGCCGCCUCUUCAUGUCGAAGAUCAACCGCCCUCCCAUCUCGAUCUCGCGCAUUGUCAAGGAGACCCGCGGCUCGAACCCCGACAACUCGAAGACUGUUGUCGUUGUCGGCUCGGUCCUCGACGACGAGCGUUUCGAGGCUGUCCCCAAGCUCUCGAUCGCCGCCCUCCGCUUCUCCAACUCUGUCCGCGCCCGCAUCGUCGCCGCCGGCGGUGAGGCCAUCACCCUCGACCAGCUCGCCCUCCGCGCCCCCACCGGCUCCAACACUGUCCUCCUCCGUGGAAAGCGCAACGUCCGUGAGGCCGUCGCCCACUUCGGUGGCCCCCUCAAGGGCGGCAAGCCCUACAUCGAGUCCAAGGGCCGCAAGUUCGAGGCUGCUCGUGGUCGCAGGGCGUCGCGCGGCUUCAAGAUCAAGUCGUCCCACAAGUAAGCGUCUGCUGGGAGGUAGAGCAGGGCUUGUGGUUGCUGGGUUCACCACCGUGGUCUGGCAUGUGGCGUUCCUACACAUUGGGAUGCACGAUUUCUCACACUG